AUGGGUAUUAAAGAAUUUUUUCAACGUGAUAAUGCAAAACAAACUAAUAUUGAUGACAAUACACUUAUUGCAUUGGGCUAUAAACCAGAACUUAAAAGAGAAUUUCAUUAUCUGAGUGCUUUUGGACAAGCAUGGGGAUCACAAGGACUAGCUCCAUCAAUCGCUGGCUCGUUAAUCUUUGCUCUUGGUUCUGGAGGUUCUGUAGCUUCAGUAUGGACAUGGAUUGUUGGUUGUUUCUUCUUAAUUCCAGUUGCUUUAUCUCUUGGAGAAUUAGGAAGUAGUAGGCCUACUUCUGGUGGUGUUUACUAUUGGGUAGCAAAAUUAACACCAAUUACAUAUCGACCAUUACUUUGUUGGUUUACUGCAUAUAUGAUAACAUUAGGAUAUAUAAUAUGUUACGCUAGUACAGUUUAUGCUACGAUAACAAUGUUUCUAGCAACGAUUAGUAUGGCUACCGGUGGAAAUCAUGUUCCAAAUAAAUAUCAUGAUUAUGGUGUUUAUGUUGCAUUUUGUAUAAUAACAUGUGCACUGAUAUGUUUCUCAUCAAGAAUUCUAUCUAUGUUAAAUAAUUUUUAUGUUUUUUAUCAAGGAUCUUUAUGUCUUGCAUUAAUUCUAUGCGUAGUUAUAUCUACACCAAGUUCAUACAGAAACUUUGCUUCGUUUGUUUUUAUCAAUUUUGAAAAUACAGGUCACUGGACGAACAAUGGUUGGGCAUGGUGUCUUGGACUUUUAACACCAGUUUGGGUCGUCUCAGGAUUUGAAUCGAGUUCAUCAUUAGCUGAAGAAGCUUCGAAUGCUAAUAAAGUAGUACCAUUUGCAAUGAUAUCUUCAUUAUUAAUUUGUUUCUUCGUUGGUACAGGAAUUAUUAUUGCAUUAAUGUUUACUAUGAGUACAGAUAUUUUUGCUUUACUUGGUAGUCAAUUUGGACAAUCUGUUGGACAGAUGCUUUAUAACAGUCUUGGUAGAAACGGUGCAACUACACUUUUCUUCUUCUUAUUUCUUGGUGUCGUUUUUAAUUGUGCAAAUCUUGCAUUUGCCGCUACUCGCAAUAUGUUCGCAUUUUCUCGAGAUGGUGGCUUUCCAUUCAGUACAUUUCUUCGAGUAUUAAACGUACAGAAAAUACCUAUUCGUUGUAUUUGGACAUGUUGUUUCAUUUCUAUAAUAAUUGGAUUAUUAAUGCUGGCAAAUGUUACUGCAAUUACAUCCAUAUUCAAUACUUCAAUUAUUGCCAUGUACUUCGCUUAUAUGACACCAAUUAUAUCAAGAAUUAUUUGGAAGGAUAUAACUCCUGGUGUUUUCUAUUUAGGAAGAUUUAGUUUUAUCAAUUCUAUUGCUGCAGUUCUAUGGAUGAUUUUUAUUGUCAUAUUACUUUUCUUUCCAUCAUAUCAAACACCCAAUGCAGAACAAAUGAACUAUGCCAUUGUUGUAGUUGGUUUCGUACUUAUUUUUUGUUUAUUAUACUAUUACUUUCCAAAAUAUGGUGGCAAGACAUUCUUCCAUGGACCUGUUCGAACUAUUGACUCAAAUGAAACAGUUCCUAUGAAAACAAUUAUUACAAGACAUUAA